ACAAAUGUGCGAAAAAAAUAAAAAUGGCAGCGCUUUGUUUUGUUGUGCAAAUACUUUAGAUUUUUAGAUAGCGAUUCUCAGUAUUUACGGGAAAAUGAAUGUUAAUUAUAUUACGAAUCGCUGAUUAGUGAUAAACUCCAUUUUAUAUUCGUUCAAGUAGUUUAUAAAGUAACAAAUUGUGCAUUAAAAUGGGUUCACAUUCCAAGAGAAGUUCCGCAGAGUGGUUUAUCGACCAGUUAAAUGUAUAUAACGCGAAAUUGCUAGCAUUCGCUCUAGUCUUAGGAUUUAUAGGAUAUCACGGAAUACUGCACUUGAGAUAUGGUCCUGAUUCCUGUACAUGGUUGCUUUCAUCUGGACGGUACAAAGGUGAUCAUGAGUGGCAACCUUAUGGCUGUAUGUUACAUAAGUACUCUAAAACAGAUGCAAGAAGAUGUUUGCGUUAUUUGGCAUUUUGGGGUAAAUACAACAGCUUUGCCUUCAUUGGGGACUCAAGGAUAGAACAAUUGUAUGAAUAUUUUAUAGGUGUGAUAAAGACAAGACUGGAUGUAGAUUCCUCCUACUCCACCAUAGACCACCACAUGCCCAACUACACAUAUGUGGACAGUAAACUGAGACUAUCUAUCACCUUCAUAUGGAGUGAGGAUGUGUCAAAGACCAUGGUGGAACAGUUCAGGACAUGGCAAUCUUCAGAAAGACCGCCAUCAGUGAUAGUAGCCAGCGCAGGCUUGCAGCUAGUAAAGAACCGCAACGCCACAGAGCAAGCACUGGAGGAGUACAAGAGGAACCUGACGCAGCUGGUGCAGGCGGUGGACAGGCUGGCUGCGCGCGGCUCGCACGUGCUGUGGAAGACCAUGGAGGCAGUCGACGUGUCCAGGCUACGGGGUGACGUCAAGAUCAACAACGCGGAUAUUGAUGCGUACAAUAGAGCUGCUUUGGAGAUACUGCAACACAGUGCCAUAAAAAUGUGGGAAUCCCCUCGCCUGGCCUCCGCCGCGGCUUCCUCCACCGACGGGCUCAGCAUCAGCCCCACAGCCCUGCGCCACUCGGCGCAGAUCCUGCUCAACAUGUUCUGCAACGACCACAUGAACUUCAACGACGGCACGUGCUGCGCGCUGCCGGAGCCGUGCACUCAGCUGCAGCUGCUCACGUUCGCGCUCUUCCUGCUGUGCGCAGUGCUGGCCACCAUCCGUCGCGUGUGGCGCUGGUCACAGAACAUCAAGCAGCGAAUGGACGGCUACUCUCUGGUCAACCAGGUCAACGAGAAGGUGGUGGAACCCCCCUCCGCUAUGGCAGCCAUCGCUAAACUUGGCAUGAUCAUGGCGUACUUCUACCUGUGUGAUAGGACCAACUUCUUUAUGAAGGAGAAUAAAUAUUAUUCAGAAUGGAGUUUCUGGCUGCCGGUUGGAUAUGUUUUUGCUUUGGGACUGUUCUUUACGGACGAGUCUAGAUCUAGUAGCCACUCCAGAGUAAUGCACCGAGAACAGACCAACGAGUGGAAGGGUUGGAUGCAGCUGGUCAUCCUUGUGUACCAAGUGACCGGGGCCAGCAAGGUCCUGCCCAUAUACAUGCUGGUCCGAGCUCUGGUCUCCUCCUACCUCUUCCUCACUGGAUACGGACACUUCUACUACACCUGGAAGACGGGAGACAUUGGUCUGGUCAGAUACUUCAGGGUUAUAUUCCGACUCAAUUUUCUGACCGUGGUGUUAUGUUUGACCAUGAAUCGACCGUAUCAGUUCUACAGCUUCAUACCGUUGGUGUCUUUCUGGUAUACCCUGUUCUUCGUGAUCUGGGCGCUGCCGCCGCACAUGGCGCAGUCGUCCAGUCACACGGCCGACAGCAAGCCGUACCAGUACCUGUACGUGGCCGCCAAGGUCAUCGGGCUGCUCAUCAUCGUCACCGUGCUGUACAUGAGCGAGGUGUUCUUCCAGAAGAUCUUCGUCACGCGCCCAUGGAAGGCGCUGUUCGUCAACGCCGACGAUGACAUACACCAGUGGUGGCUGGAUUGGAAGCAGGAUCGCUAUUCAAUGGCGUACGGAAUAAUAUUCGCCACGGCGUACCUCCUCGCUCAACGCUACAACCUCCUGGACGACAACAACCACAGCAACCUCUUCACUCCCGGCCUCUCCCUCAGCGCGACCCUCCUAGCCUUCAUGGGGCUCGGCAGUUACGUCACAUUCACCUUCUUCUGCACCAACACUUUCGACUGCAACGAAAUACACAGUUACGUCACAUUUUUGCCUAUAGUCAGUUAUAUUUUGUUAAGAAAUGUUUCAGGUGCAUUGAGAACGCGACAUUCAAGUCUCUUUGCUUGGUUUGGGACGAUAACUUUAGAGUUGUUCGCGAGUCAGUCCCAUAUAUGGCUCGCAGCGGACACUCAUGGGGUACUGGUUUUGAUCCCCGGGGCGCCCAUUUUGAAUUUGAUUCUCACUUCGUAUAUAUUUAUUUUCACCGCGCACGAAAUACAUAAGUUGACGGCUAUAAUAUUGCCCUACGCUGUACCUGAUGAUUGGAAGCUGGUUUUGAGGAAUUUCGCAAUUUUUCUGGCCAUUUUGGUCCCGAUUGGCAUACAUGAUGGCAUGUUUUAGGAUACGUUUAUGUGAUGCUGUGUUUUUGUAUGCUUUUUCAUGAUGUUUCUGGAUGUGACAUUUUUGUCCAUAUACUCAGUUAUAUUUUACCAAGAAAAGUCUCUGGAACGUUGAGAACGCGUCAUUGUAACCUUUUCGUGGUUUGGGAUGUUAACUUUCGAGUACAUUCGCGGUUAUAGUUAACUUGAAACGUGUCUAAAGCAUUUUAAGUGCAUAAUUCCUGUCUUUAUUGCUUUGAACGAACGAUUACAUAAAAAAAGUGAAAUUACGAACCUUCUGGUUAUUUUCGUCCCGAUCGGGAUACAAGAUGUUUAAGAAUACUUUUACAUCAUGCUAUCACACUUGGAUGCGGUUAACAUGAAUAUAUAUAAAUACCUUAAAUAAUCAUCACACUUUUUUAAUUACAUAUUUAUUGGAUGUAAAAAGGACCUUCAGAUUUUUUCAUUUGAUUGUUUUCUUAACGCUUUUAUAUGAAUAUAAUAUGUUUUAAAAUAUUUUUACAUGAUGGAAUAUUUUCGGAGACUAAAACUUUGCCACUUACCUAAGUGCUCACCCUUUUUUAACAUUGUGUUUUAAACUCAUUCCAACUCAACCCCUUAUAGUGUUCCACUUUUGGCACACAGUCCCAAUCUAUACUUAUAAUAAAUCUGUAGAGAGGUCAAUUCUGUACAUGAAAUAUAUUUCCAAAAUAACUAUCAGGGGGUGAUUAGUGAUCGAUACUGAUGCCAAAAAUGCAAUCAGUAAAAUUUUUGUCUGUCUGUCUGUCUGUCUGUCUGUCUGUCUGUCUGUCUGUCUGUAUGUUCUUUAUAGAAACAAAAACUACUGGAUGGAUUUUAACGAAACUUGGUACAAUUAUUCUACAUACUCCUGGGCAGGUUAUAGUAUACUUUUUAUUACGCUACGAUCAAUAGGAGCAGAGCAGUGAAGGGAAAUGUUGAGAAAACGGGAGAUGUUACUCAAUUUUUUAAGCUUCCGUCGAGUGUACAGCUUUAAUGGUUAAAGCUACAUAGAAAUCAUGAAUGACGGAAAUGUUUUCCUUAAAAUUCUCUAUUAAAACAUAACAGCAUAUAUAUGUCUAUCUUUUAUGGUUGACUUACAAUAACACGUGUAACUCCCGAUAGCUUAGCAGUUCGGAGCUUUUUAAUUAUAUUUGUCUACUCUUAUGUUUAUAACACUCAUCACUCAUUCCUAGGUUAAAAAGGUUAACAUUAUUACCUAUUCAAUAAAAAAAGAAUCAUAAAAAUCGGUAAAGAAACACCAAAGUUAUACAAGAAAUACGCUAAGCCAUCGCGCGUGAAUACUUAUUCAUGCUAUAUGGCUUAUUUUUGUGUAACGGUUGCCGCGCUCGAUGCGACUCGCGGGGGGGGAAUAAA